GUCUGUAACCACUUUCUCAAGGGUAUCCUCUCUGGAGAUGCACAGACCACUUUUCAGGUCAAUAUCACUCCAGACUACAAAUCACUGUCGCCAGCUGAAAUAUGCAUAAAAUAUGCACUCCCCAACUUUGAUUGUUCCCUUGUUGACUUUGUUGCUCAGUCAUCACUGUCUAGUGGCAAACAUACUUGCUGGGACCCCAAAUAUGGGCAUUACCAGGUGUGGAACAAGUUUUGGCUCCAGCUUCACUCAGCCUUUCAGCAACGCAUCAUCAUGCCAAGCAGGGUGGUGCAAGCAUACCCCCCAAGCAAUGAUUUCCCCCUUGGCAAUUGCAACACUGUUCUCAUU